UUGUAUUCAAUUAAUGUAUAUUCUUUACAGACUAUCCCAGAUGCAAUGAUUCGGCACGGGAGUAUUGACGACAUAAAUACACAACAGUUUUUAAAAAUAUCAAAUUAUGAGGAUACUGUGCGCCAACUAGAUAUAUAUUAUGCUAUUGUCAAAAGACAAUUAUUGAGGUUCCAAAGUCCCACUACUGGGCUGUUUCCAGUAUUGUCAUCUGACCUACAUAUUGGUAGUGUAAGAGACAGUGUUUACUGCGCUGCUGCAGUUUGGGGUUUAUAUCAAGCAUAUCGUCGAAUAGAUGAUGAUAGAGGUAAAUCCCACGAACUGGGUCAAAGUACAGUCAAAUGUAUGAGAGGGAUUCUAGAAUGUUGGAUCAAGCAAGCGGCCAGGGUUGAAUCUUUUAAAACCCGUCAGAGUGCAGCCCAUGCUCUACAUGUGAAAUUCCAUCUCAUGACCGGGGAACCAGUGCUUAGUGAUGAGCAAUAUCAUCACCUACAAAUAGAUGUCAUAUCUCUAUAUUUGCUAUUUCUUGUCCAAAUGAUCACUUCUGGCUUGCAAAUAAUUUAUACACAGGAUGAAGUGGCGUUUGUUCAAAAUCUAGUGUACUAUGUUGAGCGCGCUUACCGUACACCCGACUAUGGCAUGUGGGAGAGAGGCACCAAGUACAAUGAUGGCAAACCAGAAAUACAUGCGUCCUCUAUAGGUAUGGCAAAAGCAGCGCUGGAAGCAAUAAAUGGUUGUAAUCUGUUCGGAGACAAGGGAGCCUCUUGGAGUGUCGUGUACGUUGACAUCGAUGCGCAUAAUAGGAACAGAAGUAUCUUUGAGACCAUGCUGCCCAGAGAAUCCAGUUCUAAGGGAGUCGAUGCGGCUCUCUUACCAACAAUAUCUUUUCCCGCGUUCGCAACUCACGAGGAGCUUCUGGUGCAAUUAACAAAAAAUAAUAUACUGAAUCGUCUCCAAGGCAAAUACGGUUUCAAGAGGUUCAGUCGAGACGGGUUCAAAUGUGUCCUCGAAGAUCCCAACAGGAGAUAUUACAAUGAGGGAGAACUCAAAGAGUUUGAUGGGAUGGAGUCAGAGUGGCCGCUGUUCUAUAUCAUGAUGAUCAUUGAUGGAGUGUUCCGUACCUUACCCGACCAGGUCGAGGAGUAUCAGAAACUGUUGAAGUCCAGGAUAUAUAUGGAUGAACAUGGAGAUCCUGUUAUACCGUGGUACUACUAUGUGCCACGAGAUGGCAUUGAUAGUGAGAGAAGUGAGCCAUACUCCGUGCGAAGGAUCCCAGCCAACCACCCUGGUGACAACGAACUUCAAGACACUGGCGGGUUGUUCCUAUGGGCUCAGUCGCUGUUCGUACUGGCCCAGCUGUUGACGGGCGGUUUGCUUCACGUGAAUGAACUAGAUCCUGUGAGAAGGUACCUGCCUUCCUACAACCGACCGAGGAGGGCUGGAAGAUAUUCAGCCUUUCAGGCCAAGCCAACGUUCGGUAUAGCAACAGACCUGGUUGUGCAAGUUGUGUUGAUAGCGGAGUCUAUGCGUCUUCAGGCCAUGAUGGGGACUUAUGGCAUACAGACGCAGACGCCUCAUGAAGUCGAGCCAGUUCAGAUAUGCAGCUCAACUCAACUCGUACAUGUGUAUAGAGAAUUAGGUGUUUGUGGAAAAUUGAAGCUCACUGGUAGACCUAUCAGACCAGUUGGAUCUUUGGGUACCAGCAAGAUAUACAGGGUGUGCGGCAUGACCGUGCUGUGCUAUCCACUGAUCUUCGAAGUAUCCGAGUUCUAUCUGUAUAGAGACAUGGCUCUUCUUAUAGACGAUAUUAAGACAGAAUUGCAGUUUGUGGGCAAAUAUUGGCGUCUGUCCGGUCGCCCCACAGUCUGCCUGUUGGUCCGCGAGGAACACAUGCGGGACCCACACUUUAAACAGAUGUUGGACCUGUUCGCUAUGCUCAAGAAGGGACAUUGCGACGGAGUUAAAGUGAGACUCGGAAGACUACAGAAUUUGAUCUCCAGCUCCUGUAUAGAACACUUGGAUUUCAUGAGCCAGGGUGAGUUUCCGUCGGAGAUGUUCACACAGUUCAAGCAGCUUCAACAUGAUUACAUUGGCUACCAGUCGCUGACCGAUGUACCGAGGACUCUCACCUACCACGAGAGGGACAUGGACGUUAACAGCUACAGGAACAGGUCCACCGGGGACGUGGUGGACGCCUUGAGGAACACUGACAGUAUAUACGCUCAGGCACAGCUGUGGGGCAUACUGAUAGAGAGAGAGGGACCCAUGUAUGAGGUUAACGGCACUCAAGCGCUUGAAGCGCUUAAGUCUCUGUACGGCAGCGCUGGAAUACUGCGUCACUGGCGAGCGGUUAGAUACUGCUCGUCGCUGUUGAAUCACACCGUGGAUUCAAUCAGCCCCUUCAUCACCACUGUACUAGUUAGCGGGAAACAGUUGACUGUAGGUGUGAUCGGUCGGAAGGAAACAGUGUUUGAUAAGCCAAUGACCCCCGGAGAGAUACAGUCAGUGAUGUACUCCACCAUACAACCUUAUGACAUCAUCGGUGCUGUACUACAACAGGAAAUAGUGUUAUACUGUGGUCGUCUAAUUGGGACUAAUCCGGACAUGUUCCGUGGAAUACUAAAAAUUCGAGUUGGCUGGGUUCUGGAGGCGAUACGAAUAUACUUGGAGCUGUUUCCAGAGGAGAAGAGACCUGAUGCUACUUUAGAGAGUCUCUCCCCAUACAAACUGAGAACAUUACUACAAAAAGUACUCACAGUAUCCGACUGGGCUGAUGAGAAAGGAUUGACCCCACUACAGAGGAGAAGGCUAGAAGGCUGUCUUUGUCGAGUUCCAAAACAUUUUUAUAUGCACGUCUGGGACAUAUUACUGCGCACUCCAAACGGGAUCAUAGUUGAGGGUCACUGUAUACCGGCUCAACCUACACUAGUCAACAUGUCCCGGUCGGAGCUGUCCUUCGCUCUGUUGGUGGAAGCUGCACUGGUCCGUAUAUCAAAACCUGAACAACGCCAGCUAUGCGUGGAACUGCUUGUAGCACUCGCGACCAUUCUAAGAAGAAACCCCGAAUUGUACCUCACACAGCCGCUACACCUCGACCGACUACUAGAUGACGCGCAGCUUACUUAUGCCAAGGAUUGCGCGGAGAGUGUUAAAGAGGGCGCCUCAUUGUGCGCGGCGGCGCCAGGAGUGUCCCUUGGAUACUUGGCGCGAGCUGUUGUCAACAGUGUACUACAAGCAGCCGCUCCACACGCCACUAACCCACCCUACCCUCACGACGCCUGUCUAGUUUCAUAG